AUGGUAUCAUUAUUAGUAUAUAUACUAUUUGAUUUUAGUAAUAACCAAUUUCAAUUUAUACAAGAACACUAUGAUUUGAGUUUUUAUGAUAUAUAUUUAGGUGUGGAUGGUAUUUCAAUAUAUUUUGUUUUAUUAACUACAAUAAUAAUACCCAUAGCUUUAAUGUCGAAUUGAAAUUCGAUAACAAACAAUCUAAAAUCAUACUUAAUCAUAAUGUUAUUAUUGGAAACUUUGUUAUUAGCAGUCUUUUUAGUCUUAGAUAUACUAUUAUUUUAUAUAUUUUUUGAAAGUAUAUUGCCUCCAUUAUUUAUAUUAAUCGGUUUAUUUGGAUCAAGUAAUAAAGUAAGAGCUAGUUUUUAUAUUUUUUUAUAUACAUUGGGAUCCUUAUUUUUAUUACUGUCUAUUUUAACUAUGUCUUCAAUAAUGGGAACAACUUAUUUUGACGCAUUAUUAAAAAGUAACUUUGAUUAUACUAUUCAAAUAUUUUUAUUCUGUGGUAUAUUUAUAGCUUUUGCUGUUAAAACUCCAACUAUUUUUUUAAAUAAUUGGUUAUUGAAAGCUCACGUAGAAUCACCUUUAGGUGGUAGUAUAGUACUAGCAGGUAUCGUUUUAAAAUUAAGUUUAUAUGGAAUAUUUAGAUUAAUUUUACCUUUAUUGCCUAAAGCUUCCUUAAAUUAUACUUAUAUAAUAUUUGUCAUAGGUGUAAUUACUAUAAUAUAUGCUAGUUUUAGUACAUUAAGAACUACAGAUAUCAAAGAAUUGAUUGCAUACAGUUCAGUGUCUCAUGCUGCAGUAUAUCUAAUAGGAGUAUUUAGUAAUACAAUCCAAGGAAUUGAAGGUGGUAUACUCUUAGGUUUAGCACAUGGCUUUACAAGCCCCGCUUUAUUCUUUAUUGUAGGAGGUGUGUUAUAUGAUCGUUCCGGAACUCGCUUAAUUCAUUAUUACAAAGGAAUUGCUCAAAUGGCACCUUUACUUUCUCUGCUUUUCUUUAUCUUCUCCUUGGCUAAUUGUGGAGUACCCCUUACAUUAAAUUUUGUAGGUGAAUUUAUGUCAUUAUAUGGAGUAUUUGAAAGAUUACCCCUAUUAGGUCUGCUGGCUAGUUCUUCAAUUGUAUUUUCCGCUGCGUAUAGUAUUUUCUUAUUUAACAGGGUAGCUUUUGGAGGGAGCUUUUCUAAAUUCUUCGAAAACAGUAUUAUCGAUUUAACUAAAAGAGAAUUCUAUGCACUAAUUUUUUUAGGAAUAUUAGUAGUAUUCUUAGGUAUUUAUCCAUCUAUUAUAUUAGAUGGUCUUCAUUACAAUGUAUCUAGUUUAAUUUACAGUUACGGCUGUAAAUUUUGCCUUGGCUAA